CACAAUCCUUGGUUAGGAGAGUCCUGUACGUUUCUACUUCCGCUCUGGGUAGUAAAAAUGCUUGCGAAUAAAUGAGAUAUCGCGUAGCUGUCGGACUUCCGUGUUGUUGUCUGCGUGAUGACGUAGUCGUCCGGACCCUCACGGUCUGGUCAGCAUACCAGGCACAAACGCAUCGGAGGCGGAGGUCUGUUUCCAGCUCCUGGACGGUGAAAUCACAAACAGCAUUAUGAGUCAGCGGACGGAGCGACGGGGGAUACACGUGGACCAAUCAGACCUGCUGUGCAAAAAGGGAUGCGGUUACUAUGGCAACGCAGCCUGGCAGGGCCUGUGCUCCAAGUGCUGGAGGGAGGAGUACCAGCGGGUACGGCAGAAACAGAUCCAGGACGACUGGGCACUGGCAGAAAAGCUGCAACGAGAGGAGGAGGCGGCGUAUGCCAGUAGUCACGGCGUGCAGACUCAGUCCACAACGCCCCCGCAGCCCGGACAUACCUCGCUGGGUCCCUUCUCCAAGUUUGAGGAGAAGAAAACCAACGAAAAGACUCGGAAAGUGACCACCGUCAAGAAGUUCUUCAGCCCUUCGUCACGAACUGCUUCUAAAAAAGAAACCCAAGAAGGUAAAACCAGUCCGUCCAUCAGCCGCCAUGCCAGCUUCGAUACGGACCAAGUGUCCAAAGACUUUGUGGAGUUCCUGAAAAACCUCCAGAAGCCCGGCCGGGAGAUCCACAAGCAGUGCCGAGCCUUCCUCGUGAACAUGUCAAGCAAGAAGGACCUGGGUGCCGAUGAGCUGUCAGAGUGCGUUCAAGAUUUCUACCAGAACUUGGCCGACCGCCAGAUGACUCACUUUAAAGGCUCCUCUGAGUCUGUGGAGCAGGUGAUGGACCAAGUGGAAAAGUACAUCAUGACUCGUCUGUACAAGAGCGUUUUCUGUCCAGAAACCACGGAUGACGAGAGGAAGGACUUGGCCACACAGAACAGGAUAAGGGCUUUGCACUGGGUGACCAUCCAGAUGCUCUGUGUGUCCAUGGAUGAAGAAAUCCCGGAAGUCUCUGAGAAUGUGGUGAAAGCGAUAACAGAUAUCAUUGAGAUGGACUCGAAGAGGGUUCCUCGGGACAAACUGGCCUGCAUCACACGCUGCAGUAAACACAUCUUCAGCGCUAUUAGGAUCACCAAGAACGAGCCGGCGUCCGCCGACGACUUUCUCCCCGCGCUCAUUUACAUCGUGUUGAAGGCUAAUCCUCCACGACUUCAGUCCAACAUCCAGUACAUCACCCGAUUCUGCAACCCCAGCAGGCUGAUGACCGGAGAGGAUGGAUACUACUUCACCAACCUGUGCUGUGCAGCUGCCUUCAUCGAGAAGUUGGACGCUCAGUCUCUCAAUCUUUCCCCGGAGGAGUUUGAGCGUUACAUGUCGGGCCAAGCUUCGCCAAGAUGCAGCAGCGCAGAGGGCGAGUGGCCCCACACCGGUCAAGGGGCUGGCGUGGCUGCCACCAACCCUGUCCUGGCCCAGCUCAACCACAAUCUGGAGCAGCUGUCGAGCAUCAGCAGCCGGCAGGAGAAGGUGAUGGAGGCCGCUCAGAGCCUCCAGGCUGACCUGCUCUCCUGGACCGAGAGCGUCCAGCGGGAGGUGAAUGACAUCCUGGAAAAAUAUCCGCUGACCUGCACAGUUUCUGCCAUCGAUGCCAACAACAUAGACAACGACAACCUGCCGCCACCGCUGACCCCACAGGUGUUCGCAGGGUAGUAAAGUUAGCAAAGGGAGAAGAAGCAUUUCACAUGCCAUGAAGGUACUUUACUUUGAAAAUGGGAGUUUCCCAGUAGCCUCUGCACCUUAAAUUUAAAGUGAAGUCAUUUCAGUCAGAAAAAGGAAGAGAGAGGGGUGAGCUACAGGGAGAAGCUGCUUUUAUUUGAUUAUUACUAUUAUAACUGUAACUAUAAAAACACACUCCACAUACAAUUGUUAACAAGGGAUGCACGAGCUAUGGAACAUUUCUUUUUGUAUAAGUUUGUUGUAUUUUGGGGCAUUUUACAUGGAAGUUUAUGCUGACAGUCUCCAUUUAUGAGACUGCCUCAUGUGGCCAUUUAUGGAACUGCAGGAACUGUAUUUGGCAGCUCAGUUUUGGCUUUUAGCCGUCGAGGUUUCUGCAGUUAUGUUGCACAAUUCACUUUUAUUCAACACCAAAUGGACAAAAUAAAACAAAGAAAAAUCAAACAAAUUUGAAACAAAAUUUAGUAGGUUCAACAAAAAAGGUGUGGUCAAUGGUCAUUUUACAAGAAAAUAGGAAAUUUAUUAGGAAAAAAACCUUUUAAAGUGGUGAGAAAAAACAGGCAAGUUUGCAUUAAAAAGUUAUGAGGAAAAAAAUGGUUAAUUUCUCAGAAAUAUAUGGUCAAAUUACAAGGAAAAAUUAGAAAAUUUGUCAAUAAAAAAAAUGAGAAUUUUUUAAAGAGUUUUAAGAAAGAAAUUCAUGAGAAAAGCUGGACAAGUUUGCGAGGAAAAAAUAGCAAAUUUGCUGUAAAAAUGUUUAUGAAAAAAACUGUAAUUUUGUAACCAAAAACAAACAAAUUUAUGAGAAAGAAAUGGCAAAAAUAUAGCACAUGUUAAACUCGCCAGCUGCUAUUAUACCUAAAACUUGUCACUAUUUUGUCCAAACAUAACAGGCAGAUGAUGCUAACAGGCUGGAGAAGACAACGCUCGUGUUAGUACUAAAUGAUGAUAUGAUAUGAAGUAAACACACCUAAAUUUACGUAACAAUUAAAAAAGAUUUUAAGUGCGCAAAUACAACAACCAGCUUCAGAUGACUAUCACUUAUUGUCAGCUUUGAUUUUGAUUUUGCUCUUAUUAAUGCCAAAAUAAGCUCCUAAAUGUAGACUGAUGAUAAGCUUCUGUCUGCCCACAUUUCUUUACAUGUUCACUCUUUAUUUCACUAAAAAGCAAUCCCGCAAAAGAAAUAAAUUAAGUAGCAGACUACUGCAUUUAAACCUCUGUGUGUGUGUGUGUGCAAUUACGGUUUCCCUGUAACGCCUUCAGCUGCCAUUGUUAUCUGCCACAGUCUUGAAUUUUUGUUGGGUUGGAAGUGUAAACAUCUGCAGGCCUGCAGAUCGACGUUUUAGUCUGAGGACAGUUUCACGUUUGUCAUUUUGUGGAGAAAGGAAAUUCAGGUCUUACACAUUUAUAACACAGAACCGCUUACAAUUAUCCUGCAAGCAUGAAUUUACCUUGAAUACACACAUCAGGUUUUGUGUAACUUAUGUUUCAAUAUUGUUCUGUGUGGGGGUUUUUAUUUUUUUUUAAAGAUUUACAGUGUUUGUCUGGCUUUCUGCACCACAUACUGGCCUCUGUAACAAACCAUUGCAAUAAUACGCAUGUUACAUGAUAAAAAUACUAUUACUAAUGUAUUUUAGAUAUUAAUUUUUUUAAAAUCUCAUUUUGUGUACUGUAUAUUGUUAAAACAGUCCAGUGUCUGCCACUUUCAACCACUCCUGGUCCUGUUUCUGUGUUUAUUUAUUGACCAAGGAUCUUUUAAGUACUGUCAAAUUCAAUAACAUUGCUAGUCGCUGAAAUAAAAGCAAAGGGAUCAUAUAAAAGCCUAUAAAAUGUGUGAUUACUGUAAAUUUACUCAGCUGCAAAAAGCACCUCCA